UAAGCUUUCUUCUAUUCUAACAUGUUUAAAACUAAUAUCGUCUACGCUUGCUGCCAAGACUUCCUUACCUCCCUACAUGGCUGAUCCUAUUGAGACAAGACAAAAAUUUGUUAAUUUAUUGGAAAAGAAGAUUAUGAUUGAAGCCAAAGACAUUGCAAAUCCUUCAUUCCCUAGCUACAGCGCAUACUUGAUGAACAGCCUUGUUUUUGUUGAUGAACUUGAAUCUGUUCUUCAUACGACUCAGAAUCUUGUAGGUGUUGAAGAUCCCGAAGAGUGGCUUCGAUCUCGCAUUUAGACUUAUAGACCUGUAUGAAAAAGUAAAUUUAUUAUGUGUAUGAUUACGAUGCAUGAAUGUGCUUGCUUC